AUGGGCCCCAAGCGGCCCAAGACCAGCGCGGUCGCCUCGGCGGGGGCUGAGGUCAACAGCUGGGAGGCUGCGCUGGUGGCCGCCCCCUUCGAGGAGGUGAAGGCAGGCGAGGGGCAGGGCAGAGACUGUCCGGGGCACAGCGGGGCGGGGAGACCCUGGGGCGGCCUGAAUGUGGUGGCGGCUGGGCUCGAGGCGGCCCUGGCCGCUGGCCUCGCCCGGCCGGAUGACUGGAAGCCGAGCAUUGCUUUCGUUGUUGGGACUAAACCUGCGGAUGAGCUCCACGCCGAGGCUCUGGCUCUGGCCGUGCAGGUGCCGCUGCGGAAGCUCUUCAGCGUGGUAACACGUGAUGACCUUUUCAGACAGAUCAGAGAAUCAGGGAAUCAAAAGGGAAAAAAGGUUAAGGAUGUGCCUAUGUACCAUGAGGUGAUAGAAGUAGCCAAAGCUAUUCUGGAUGGUGGUGAAGAAAUUCCUGUAACACUAACUGGAAAGCUGUUGAAAUUUCAGCUGCUUUGUCUCAAACAGAAGGACUUUCAGAGAAGAGAAGCUGAAAAGAAGGCAGAAGAGGAGAAACAGAAAGACAAAGAGGGAGGAAAAGAGAAAGCUAAAUCCACUGGAAAGAAGGAGAACCUCCCUAAUGAAAAGACAGCUGAGAAAGAAAGGAAAGGAGCAAAGGCAGAAGCAGGCCCUUCAACACCACUCACUAUUAAGAAGGACACAAAACUGAAGCGACGUGGAGAAGUGGAGGAGGAAGUCAAAUAUAUUGAUGAUGAACCAGAUGAUGGUGCCCAUCAUUACUUUAUCAUUUUGGGUUUCCACAACCUUCAGAUGCUGCCUGUGAUGUCUGAACUUGGGAUUAACAUUUCAAGUGUAAUUAGAAUUUCUUCUGAGAAUUACAAGCCCUUGGAGACAUACUUGGAAGCAACCACACUUCAAGGAGCAUCUUUGCUUUCACCUGAAGUUGCAGAAGCAGAGAAAAGAAAGAAAGAUGGAGCUGUCAAGGAGCUGGAAACAUUUUGGAAAUACCUGGAGCCAGUUUUGAGCAGUGGAAAGCAUGGAUCAAGUCUUUCUAACGUUGCCAGGCUUCAUUACCUAGUUAAGGAGAACGUCUUCCCCCCUGACUGGUCUGACAGAAAAAUGCUGCUUGAAUUUGGCACUGUGCUGUUUGAAAGUAUUGCUUGUUUGAUGUAUGACUGCCUGGACUGGAGAAGACAGCAUCAUGCCUACCUGGAAAACACCAAGUUUAUUAAUGUGCCUGUAGUAUCCGAGAGCAAAUCCACACAGCCAAGUGUACAACCAUCACUACUUGCAAAGAAAAAAGGACAAGCAGAAGAAAUUGUGACAGCAGUAACUUUGUCCCAGGAAAUUGAUCUCAAUGUUUUAUUUGUUACUAAAACAGAAGCAGCUGCCUCCUUUUGGACUCCUUCUGUGGACAUGAGGUACUACAAUGACUUACUCAGUCAAAUACCUGAGGAAUGCUUUUCUGUACCCUUACUGCUCAACUGCAUGUUGGAACAGGUGAUUGCAAGUGAAGAAGACCUUACACCACCUAGUCUGGUGGUACCUGAGCCUCGGGCAGAUGGGCUACAUCAUACCAUUGCAGAUCAUAUAGCCUCCAUCCUUCCUUCUCUUUGGCUUUCCAAGUGUGAAAAAGAGAAUCUCUAUGACUACUUUUCUCCUAAAUACAAUGAAAGAGAGACUGUUACUCCCAAGUACCCUGUCUUACUGAACUACCAUGAUACCCAGGCUCAGCGAUGGCACAUGCUGAAGGUCCAGGAUAACUUAAAUCCAGAGAAGAUUGAACGUGAAAUGAUGGCUAAGCUGCCUCUUACAGAACUUAUCCAUUUCACUUGUCCUUCAGCUGAAAACAACGCUGAACGCUUGGCAAGAGCUCAUGAGCUCAAGUAUUAUUGUACCAAUGAACUUCUGAGUUGGGCUGAAGUAGAAAGAGCCUUCCAAGUGUUUACUUUUGAAAGCCUGAUGCUGACUGAGGUGAAUGACUCUGCUUUCCUGGAGAGCUCUGGAUCAGUGGUGGGAAGUGAUUCUAAAGCAGCUGAUACACCUUGGGAUAAUCCAGCCAGGUUUGCAAAACAGCUGAGACAACUCUUCCUCAGUGGGAAAUCUCCAAGAAGCUCUGGACAUACAGAAACAAAUGGCAAAGAUGGAAGAGAAGGUCUGGCUGAUCCUGUUUGGAACAAAGAAUUGCAUCUCUCUACUGCUGAUAUGGUGAGUCUGGAAAAUUACAGCCUAGGACUGAAUUUAGAAGAACUAAGAAAGACACAGAGGCGUUGUUUGACAGACUGGAGCUUUGUCGAGCGUUUUCAACCACAUGUUCUUCUUCAGGUUCUUCAUGCUGCAGCCCAAGACUACAGAUGUGUUGAUUCCUUUUAUUAUGCUCAAGAUAAUUCUUUGCUUGUGGUUCUUCACAACCCCAGGAAUCGUUAUCAUUUGUGCCAACAGACUUGGGAUGCGUCAUUGCACUCCAAUGUUGGAUUCAGGACCUAUCUUGAGACGGUGGCCAACUCAAUUGAAGACUGGGUGAAAGAGGAAGAAGUCAAAUACCAGGAAGAAAAGAAAGGCAACACAUCUGGACCUGAAACCAUUCCACUAUCUCAGUCUGACAAUGAAAAGAAACCUAUUAUCAGAGAAGGUUCUCUAAAGGCCUGGAAAGAGGAGCAGGACCGAUUGCUGAAGGAAGAACAGCUUAAGAAAGAACAACUGAAGGAAGGAAAAAAAGGAAAAAAAGACAAUUUGGAAGGUAAAAAGAAAAAACAGGAGAUGGUAGUACAUGAAGAAAGUAAAGACUCUGCCAAGAAAUCUUCUGAAGAGAAGUUUAAAGAGGAGCCAGCAAAAGGCCCUGAACUUGAGGAGGAUCCCAGCAUACCAGAGCCACAGUCUGAGAAAGUUUACAAGUUUCUUGGCUACAACACAGGGGAGAAUCUCAUUAAAGUAUCAGGAACCAACCAAUAUCUUUUCCCAUCUGAUGGAGGGCAGAUUCAAGUAGAGAAGACAGAGUUUGUCAAAGGUCCAACUUUGGUAAAGGUGAAAGUGGCAAAAGACAACCACAAUUUCUUCAUUCAUAUCACAGACCCCAAGGAAAACUUCAAAGAAAUUGAAGUGCAAGAAAUCGAAGAAGAACAGAACAUUGGAGAGGGAAAAUUGAAAAAUCAGAGGCAAGCUGUGAGCAAGUUUGGAUCUUUUUCAGCCACCUUGGAAAAUGGAAUCCAGCUGUCGCUGAGCUAUUAUGGACCUACAGGGAAGACAGCAGAUGAUGAAACCGAUCCUGUCUUAGGAAAAAUUCUGAACAUCCCUUCUGUUCAUGCUCCGACCAUAAUUCCUCCUGUGACACCUGCUUCAGGAAAGAAGGAUAAGGUCAUCAAAGAAAAGUCAAAAAAAUCUCUGGCAUCUGCAAAAGCAAGCCGCAGCAAAAUGGGCGUCCCACCACCUGAUGACCCGGUGAAGCAAGAAGAAAAGAUGGAAAUGGAAGAAUCAGCUUCCCAAACACAAGUGAUGGCGGAGCCUCACCAUUUCCCAGGGUUGAACGUCUCCUGCCCCAAUGGACUAGUAUUAACUUUCCUUGGUGAGAGUAUUGAAGGUUUGAAAGGUAAAGCCACUACAGCUGAAGCUGAGAAAGAGGUGGUAAGAAGUGAGGAUGAAGCAGACAAAGCCAAAAAAGGGGAGUUUGAGAAUGGUCAAGCCAAAGCAAAUGAAGGAACGGAGGAAGAGGUUAUGGAAAAUGGAGAGAUGGAACAUGAGGUCUCAGAAGGUGACAUAAAACACAAAGACAGCAAAAGAGAACAGGCCAAGCAGCCUACUCUGGAAAUUCUGGUUAGGCAGAGUUAUCCCCAAAAGGUGAAGAACACUCAUCUAUAUACAUCUGUGGCAAGAUGGUCAGAACAGGAAGUGUCAAGAGUUAUCACUGGUCAAGGAACUGUCAUCAAGUAUAUGAUGGAUGGUUCUACCCAGAUUCUGUUUGCUAAUGGCACAAUAAGUAGGAGUCCUGAUUCUGGCCCAGUUCUACCACCACCUACAAUGUCAGAUAAACAGUUACCAGAAUUGGAGCCUUCACCUGAGACCAGCACUAAGAAAGAAAAAGGCGGUAACAAAACCAGUACAUCACACCCAAGCAAGGACGAGUUAUGCGAGAAUACCGCGAAGGGUCUGGUUGAUUCUGAGCAACCUCAGGAGAGCCAGGCAGGAACCUGGAUAACAACAACUCCAUCAGGCUUUCAAGUGGGCACUGAGGGAGCAAAGAGGAUGGAUCUGAAGCCAUUGCUAAUCUACCAGGCAACUGACCCAGCUGAUGGAACAUUCAUGACAGUUCGAGAAGAUGAAGUGGUAAUAGUCGAGAAGCCAGAUGGCAGCAGAGUAGUAGAUCAUGCUGAUGGUACUAGGAUCACAACUUUUUAUCAAAGCUGUGAAGAAGUACCAGAAGAUGGAGAGGAAACAGAUAAACCCUUGGAAGUCAUCAAAAGGAAGGCGAAAUAUAUCCAAGUAGAGAAUCCUGAGUUUGCUACUGUCAAAACAAAUUGUGAGGACGGUACCUGCUGUACCACCUUUGGUGAUGGGACAUCUAUUAUAGCAAAGCCACAAGGAACAUAUCAGGUUUUGCCCAUCAAAGCAGGCUCUCUUUUCAUUGAUGAAGAUUGCUCAGCAAUUUAUACCCAUGAAGUUUACAACUUCAUCAGCAAGAAUGAAGAGCAACAAGCAGGGAGAUACAUUAUGAAACACACUUCAGGCACUCUUUGUGAGGUGAUGGAUCCUGAAGGAAAUCUUUUCAAGGUCAUGGCUGAUGGCAGCACAGCUGUGAGUGUUCCUGGCCUUGACUCUGAUAACCAGGAAGACAGAAGUUCAGCAUCACCACUCUCAGAUAAAGAUAUCACUUAUGAUGAGCAUGUCCCCAGGUUCUUCAUCAUCUCCGCUGAUGGUUCUGGAACUGAGCUCCUGAGGAGCAGGGAUGUACAGAAGUAUCUUGCUGAAGCCUGUAGUGACCCCACUGUUGCUGUCUUGCAAGAUCCUGUACAAGAACAUCCAGGUGUUUUGUGUGUUACUAUCCUCCGCCCUUUACCUGAAGCCUCGCCCUGGGUAAUGAAGAAAGAUCCAGAGAGUAUUGUUCCUCCCAAUCUUCAGUCAAAGCCACGGGAGACAUCUCCUCCUGAGAGAAAGAUCACAGGUCCCUCAGUAAGAACAUGGGGUUGGAAGGGUCUCUGCAUUGGAUCCAAAGAGCAGGCAAGCUUGCCUGUGUCUGUGCAAAGAUGUCCUAAUAAACUGCAGAUCCGUCAGCUGCUCCAGUACAAGCCACUUAGUGAUGAGCUGAGAGAAAACCUGCAGCUUUCCCUCAAGGAAUAUGUAGACAACCUUUUAAAGCAAGAAGAUUAUCUGGAAAAGAUGAAUGUGAAAGAACCAAGAACAGAAGAGGAAAAGGAGAAUGCUGCAAGGAUCCUUGAACUGUAUAAAUCCUUCCCUGACUGGGAGAAGUCACCUGAAGAUCUCCAAGCUAGAGCUGAUAUAACUGAGCUGUAUGAACAGGCAGUGGCUUCUCACCCCCAGCAUCACACAGAGGAGACAAUCACCACCCUAACAGAAGACCAGCAGGAGAGCUUCAGCCCAGAAGGAGUAACACCAGUGUCCAAGUGGCAGAGCAGACUAGAAGAGCACAGGAACGAACUUGCUGAAGAAAAGAAAUCCCUAAUGGCAUUGAGAAACAAAAUAAUUCCUCCAUAUUUUGUGUCAGAAUUCAGCAAGGAGUUUUACCUGAGAAAGUUUCCUGAUGUGGAAGCACUGUGCAGGGAACUUCCUCCAGUUCAGAAAAAAGAAAGAGGAGAUUUCCCUCCAGAGAUGAUUAGAGAACACAGUGGAGCAUCUGAAUGUCUCAGUUCCAGUAGUGAUUCUUCACUUUCACCUGGCCCUCUGCUGCAGGCUCCUUCCAAGCAAAAUGAAGACUCCAGCAGCACAACAGACCUAAACAAGGCUGCAAUAUCACAAGAGACACCCUUCCAGCAUAAAGUUCAGAGUCUGCUGGUGAAUGCUGCAGGACAGCCAAGAAAGGAGAAAGUGACCUUACCAUCAUGCCUUCAAGGGAGCAGACCAAGGUCCAUACCAAAUAAAAAGAUAGAAGAUCCUGUUGCAGGAAAGGUCAACACAUCUUCACUUGCAACAGCAAGACAGCAGCUUAGUGACUUCCAUCUCAUUCCACCCCGAGUGACAUUUGGAGUACUAAAGGAAGGCUGCACCUAUGCAGCAACUGUGAUCUUGAAGAAUGUUGGUGUGAACUUCCUAAGGUUUCGUGUGAAGCAGCCACCCCCUCACACAGGACUCAGGGUGGUGUACACCCCAGGACCUGUGGCAGCAGGCUUGCAGGUCGAACUGGAGAUAGAGAUUUUUGCCAGGGUAAUUGGAGGGGGAAACACUGCUGGCCUUGAAGAUGUUUCCCAUGAUAUCGAAAUAUUAACAGAAACAGCAACUCUUUUCCUGCCUGUGAGAGCAACAGUGCUCACCGGUGACCUCUACGAGUGCCGCCCACAGGGGUACCCCCAGGGGAGGAUGGCAGCCACCAUCCAGGCAGUUCCUGCAAGCUCCAAGCCACGGCUCCAGCCUGCCCUUCCUCGAAAGCUUUCUGGUGGAUUUCAGUCCUUCGGAGAAGCCUGGAUGCGGCAGGGCGAGGAUCAGGCCUGA